AUGAUGAUAUGGUCAAAAGAGACAACUUCCAAAUCUUGUGAUAAAAACUCAUCACAUUGUAGUCUUCCAAAUCAAGAGCACCAUGCUCCCAUGCUUUUGAAUUCUAGUCCUAAAAAUUCAAAGAAGAAAUAUGGUAUUGAUAAUACCAAAGAUCAAAAAAGAAAACCACCUUCUCCUGUCUUAUGUUCAAUACCAUCAUAUGAAAAAAAGACUAAAUAUGAUUCGUGUCCUAUUUCUAGACAAGAUUAUUCUCACCUAAGCGACGUCGAAGAUUUUGCGAAGCAACCAAAUUAUCUUAUGAACGGAGAGAGUUUUUAUAUUCAUGCUAGAGAUUUAAUAGAUAAUAGUUAUUCUUAUGAUAUGGCGACAUCAAUCAAAGAGAAAUUAAAAGAAGAAGACAUGGAAUUCGUUGACUCUCGGAAGAAAUUUUUACCUCCUAGGAGUAACCAUCUUCCAAGACCAUUUAUUCCCAUUGGACCUAGGUUUCAAGCUGAAGUUCCUAAAUGGGAGGUCUCAACCAACAUAAACCAAUAUGAUAAUGAUGAUUGUUUGAAGUGGUUAGGCACCCAAAUUUGGCCAAUACCUUGUUUAUCUAGAAAUAAUGCAAAAAGUUUUGGAAAAGGUAGGCCCGACUCAAGCUCGUGUGAGAACCUUGAAAUCGGUCGAAUGUGUUAA